UAUACACCGGAAAUGUACUUGUUAAUUUUAAAAAGGAAACAAUGCCAUAUAAAUAAUUAGUAGGCAAUUAGUCAAACAUAAUUGGCAGCUGAUUUCGAUAAAUAAUAAUUUUUGAUCAUUCAUAUAUCGAAUAUGUUUAAGCUAAUAACGCUUUGUGUAGCCCUUGCCUUAAUCAUCGAAUAUCAUGUGGUUAAUUGUAUCUGUGAAAAAUCGAAUCGGAUGUUGGCGGCAGAAGAUGUUUGCUGGACCAGAGAAGUGAAAAUCGCCACUCGAAUUCAAUACACUACCAAAAGUGUAUUGAAUUUUGCCAAAGAAAAGUUGGGGCUCGAAACUGAAAGUCAGGAUGAACCUCAAGUUUGCGAUUAUUACGAAUGUAUUUUCAAAGAAUUGAAAAUGUUGAAUGGCAAUGGAUAUCCUGACAAUAAUAAAAUGGUGAAUUGGAUUGAUAACAACAUCAUUUAUAAAUAUGCCAAAACCCAAUAUGAAGUUUUGGAAAAAUGCAUGGAGGACUUAUCACAGAGUAUUGCAUCAAAUAUGUAUUUUUUUGCCGAUUCCAAGCCCACGGACAACAUUGAAGGUACUCCUUUACCUUUGCAAGAAAAAUGCGAAAUAUCAAAGGAAUUCAUGAAAUGUUUAUCACAAAGUGGAACAGCAGAAUGCGUAAUAUUCCAAUACCCAUAAUAAAUAUAUAAAUAAAAAUACAGUGGUACAACUUAAAUAAUAUUUAUUGGAAAAAAAAAAGAAGAUUUAUUACCUAAAUGCCAGCUGGUGCAUUAUGUGCUGUUACACACAAUUUAAGGCUUGUUAUUUAGGUGAUCCAUUUACUAAAAGAAAAAAUAGGGUUUUUAGUAAAAAAGUUCAAAUAGCAAUUAUGUAUUAGUAAAUAAACAAAACAAUAAAAAUUUAGGUU